AUGCGUGGUUCAUGCAACAUAUUGGAGAGGAAUGGCAGCGCUGUAGAUGCAACCAUUGCCACAAUGCUGUGCAAUGGACUGCUGACCUCACAAAGCAUGGGCAUUGGCGGUGGCCUAAUAAUGAAUAUCUAUCAUCGAGAGUCUCAACAAGGCUAUCAGAUCGAUGCGCAGGCCGUGGCGCCCUAUGCUUCCCAUCAGAAGAUGUUCGAUAAAGAUGCCAAUGCCUCAAUUUUCGGACCGCUAAGCAUUGCAGUGCCUGGCGAGGUGAUGGGCUAUCAUUUGGCGCACAAACGCUUUGGCAAGCUGCCAUGGCGGACUCUAGUGGAGCCUUCUCUAAAAAUUUGCGAGACUGGAUAUCGAAUGAGUAACCAUCAGGCGUCGAAGGUGAAGAUGAUGUGGUCCUAUAUCAAGGAUAAUUUGCAGUAUCAAUCCGUUUUUCUGAAUGAGGAAACGGGAGAGCACCACCAGGAGGGAGCAUUGCUGAAACCACCGGCAAAACUGUGCAACACGUACAAACUACUAGCGGAAAAUGGGCCAAUGGACUUUUACAACGGCACCGUGGCUCAAAUGCUGGCCGAGGAUCUGAAGGAGCUGGGCNAUAUAUAG